AUGGAUGUUGAACAGGAGGAGCUCCAAUUUCUUGGCUUCUUUGGCAUCAUCAAAGAGUCUGUCAAGAUCAUAUACUCAUGGAGGAAAAUCUUCAGCCAAAUCACUCUAGCUCUCAUCCUCCCUCUCACCUUCAUAUUCCUCGCUCAUAUUGAAGUCUCUGAUUUCCUCUUUUUCAAGAUCCUCAGGAAUGAGGACAGGCUGGAUCGAACCCGGGCUGGAACCCCCAAAUAUGAGAAGCUCUCCGAUGUUAUUUCCUCCGAGUGGAUAGUCUUUUGGCUUUUGAAGGUCGCAUAUUUCACCUUCCUCCUCAUCUUCUCCCUCCUCUGCACAUCCGCAGUUGUGUAUGCGGUUGCCUGCGUGUACAGCGCCAAGCAAAUAACCUUCAAGAGGGUCCUGAGCGUAGUCCCAAAGGUGUGGAAGAGACUCAUGGUCACCUUCAUAUGGAACUUCGUCAUUGUUUUCUGCUACAACGUUGUCGCCGCGGUAGUUUUGUUCAUGUGGGCUAUCCUGAUAGGAAACAACGUCUUUGGACUCGUGAUCCUCCCCCUUCUCUUGAUCAUAUACGUCAUGGGGUUUGUGUAUAUAAGCGUAAUCUGGCAUUUGGCGAGCGUUAUAUCGGUGUUGGAAGACAGCUAUGGGAUCCAAGCCAUGGUGAAGAGCAAGGCCUUGAUAAAGGGCAAGACGGGAGUUGCAGUUGCAAUUUUCCUCAUCCUCAACAUCUGUUAUUUCAUAAUUCAGCUGGCUUUUGAGAACCUGGUUGUGUUGGGGUACCCAUUGAGCACCCCGAAUAGAAUUCUGCUUGCAAUCAUCUUCUUCCUCUUUCUGUUCAAGUUGAUUCUCUUUGGCCUCGUCAUCCAAACUGUGAUCUACUUCGUCUGCAAAUCCUACCACCAUGAAAACAUCGACAAAUCUUCUUUAUCAGAUCAUCUCGAGGUUUAUCUAGGCGAAUACGUGCCUCUAAAGUCCAAGGAUGUCCAACUGGAGCAGUUCGACGUUUGA